AUGACAGCGUCUCCACGUCCGCGACGCGUAUCCUCUCUGGCGGCACUGGCGCUCGUAGCGACCGCUGCUGUCCGCUCGACGGCAGACGAACGCAUUCACGCGCAGUUUUUUCUCCCCGACGCGCUUCCACAACAACAACAACAACAACAGCAGCAGCAGCAGCAGCUCCAGCCCGUGCUCGAGCAGCUACAGGCGUUGGGGUUCGCCCAGUUCCAAACCAAAGACGGCGAAGUCUCGUGGACCAAACUGCGCAAUGACAGCGCCGACUUUGAUCUCGUGUGGGCCACCGCAGCUGCUCCACCGCUCACCCGACUGGAGCUCCCGCACCAGUUCAGCGCAAAGGUGAACCGUCUGCCGGGCGCAGCUGUGCUCACGUCGCCUGACGCGCUGUCUCAUCACGUGGCGGCGCAGCAGAAGCGACACGGAAAGUUCUUCUUUGACUUUGUACCAGCGCACUAUGAGCUCCCGCGCGACGCCGAGCAGCUGCCCAGUGCCUACGCAGCGGCACAGAAGCAGUCCGACUGGUCGCCCGACCGCGGACACGAUCCAGAAGUGCACCGGCGUUUCCUGCUACGGGAACGCGCUGUCGAUGGAAACGACGAGUCGACUGCCGGUGCUGAGGUGUUCGUCACCGAUGAAGAGCUGCAGCUGAAACUGCGGUCGAGCACGUUCAAGGGGAAGUCAGUGGUCGUCGACAAGUACAUUGAGCCGCUGCUGCUCGACAGUCACAAGUUCCGUGUCGGGUUUUACGUAGCGGUCACGUCGACCAAUCCGCUCCGUGUGUACGUGUACGAUCACCCGCUGAUCCAGAUCGCCAAGGCCGAGUAUCCACGCAAGCUGGGGCUUGAGGCUGACUCGGCUGCAUACUGUUUUGACCAGUACAUUCCUCCUUGGGACUUUCCGGAUCUGCAGACCGAUUUUCACGAGCUGCCGUCGGCUGCUAGAGAAGGAACGAAUGCGUGGCAUGUAGUGAAACGGUAUUUGCGGAGACAAGGGAUCGAUACGAAGCAUUUGCAGGACGAGGUGGAAGCUACGAUCGCAAAGGUGGUGCUCAGCAGUCGCGGCCACUUCCAGAACGAGCAGGCCAAGGUGAAGCGUGCAGCUGCGCGCGAAGGAGAGAAAGAGAGCCCGUCCGAUCUCAGCGACAGCUUUUUUGAAUUGUGGAAGUUCAACUUUGAGUUCGACAAUGUGGGCAAACCGUGGCUCGUGCGUGUGGUUUCCAAUCCGACGAUGACGGCUACGCCGUCCCUGUUUGGUACGGACGAAGCUAUCAAGAAACGACUGCUGCACGACUUGGUCAAUCUCGUCGGCGUGCAUCCCCAAGCCCAGCUGCCGUUUGAAAAGUUCUUCCGCCCUACUGACGCUGGUUUUUGCUCCGACAAGUGCCGCGACACGAACCGCGCGUGGGACGCUUCGUGCUGGUCGUGCCCUGGGUGGUUUGCACCGAACGUUGCGCGCAAGUUGUUCGCUGCAUCAACAGAAUACGCUCGACGCGGGAGCUUUAACCUCGUGUUCCCGUCGCUGGAGCAGGAGCUGUCCAAGUUUCUGGACACGGAGCUCUCCGAGUACGAUAUUGCGUUCGAUCGGUACCUGAAGUCACUCUCUAGCGGGUACGCCAACUUGGCAGACUUUCCCGCAUCGGAUCGCACAGUCACGUGCGUGUACCGGGACCACUGCAGCAACCACGGCGACUGUGUGAAUGGCCUGUGCUCGUGCGACAGCAAUUACGAAGGUCGGACGUGCUACGUCCCGAAGGACUUGGAACCGGGAGAGCAACACCUGCAACACGAGACUGGAGAUGCAGGAAGUGAGAAGGCUGAGACUGGAGAUGCAGGAAGUGAGAAGGCCGAGACAUGGAUGGCGAAGGUCGAGGGCUUUGUGUGGAACCGCGACGAAGCACCAAAGAGCUCUGGUCGACUAAUGACUGGGGUCGGAGACGCCUCUGCGUCGAGCACAGUGCUCCUCUGUGUACUGCUGGGCGUCCUGAUGUUUGUGCUGUAUCGGGUUCUGGCAGCCCGUAGGACCGACUCAGGCAGUAGUGACCUUCCGUAUGACGGGAAGGCGAUGUAG